AUGGGUCAAGUACAACCCGACGUGGUGGCACAACCUUCAGAUGACCUUGAUGAUGCCGUGGUGUAUCUCAAUGACCAUGGGAAUGUGGCGCCCGACUCUCAAGUCAAUCUGCGUGCACUCCGUCGUAAGAUCGAUCGACGUUUGAUGCCUUAUAUGUUCUGCUGCUAUGUACUGCAAUUCCUGGACAAGGUCAUGCUGAACUAUGCGGCCGUUAUGGGAAUCAAAAAAGACCUGGCACUUGUCGGAAAUGAUUUUUCUAACGUCGCUACAUGGUUUUUCAUUGCCUACUUGAUCGCAGAGAUACCAAAUGUAUAUUGUUUACAAAAAGUGCCCCCUGCCAAAUGGCUCGGGGGAAAUGUUCUCCUCUGGGGAGUGGCGGCUGCCGCCUCCGCAGGCGCCCAAGGAUAUCGCAGCCUUCUGGCAGCCCGGAUUUUCCUGGGUAUUUUUGAAGCGACGGUUGGCCCAUCAUUGAUGCUUAUCAGUAGCCAGUAUUACACCAGAAGCGAACAAGCUCCUCGGUUUACUAUAUGGUAUAUGGGUCUUGGUGUGGCCCAGAUUAUUGGAGGUGUCAUAUCCUUCGGCUUCCAGCAGGUGCAUCAUGCUUCACUAGAAGGUUGGCGGAUUAUGUUUCUUGUUCUCGGACUAGUAACAGUUCUUGUCGGCGGCCUGACGUUUUUCUUCCUCCCUGACACGCCGAUGAAGGCACCCUGGCUGUCCGAGGACGAAAAGGUCGCCCUCCUCCAACACGUCAGCGAGAACAAGACCGGGGUAUGGGGUACAACUUUGAACCUGAAGCAAAUCUGGGAGGCCGUCGGCGAUAUUCAGCUGUGGCUCCUGACUGUGAUAACAAUUUUGAUAUCCGUGUCCAGUGGUGUAGUGACGACAUAUUCUUCAACAUUAAUUGCUGGAUUUGGCUUCUCGGGUCCCAUCUCAGCCUUACUCAAUACCCCGUCGGGCAUUGUUAGCAUUUUUUUCACACUUCUCGUCGGCUUUGGCAUCCGGACAACUUCAAAUCGCUGGGCAUGGAAUGUGCUCUGUACAAUUCCUGGGAUUAUCGGCGCCGCCGUACUUUCCUUCUUACCCAAAAGCAACAAAGCCGGUGUCCUGAUCGGUAUCUAUCUUGUCAACGCCAUUGUGGCUACUCUUCCGAUUCUAUACCAGUGGACCAUGGCCAACUGCGCUGGACAUACCAAGCGUGCAUUUGCUAGUGCACUCGUUGCUGGAUCUUUCUCGGUCGGAAAUAUCAUUGGGCCACAGACAUUCCAGUCACGCGAUGCGCCUGAGUAUAAACCCGCCAAGAUAGCUGUUCUCGCGACACAGGCUGCAGCGGCUGUGCUAUCCAUCGUGCUCUUUGGCUAUUAUAGGUGGCAAAACCGCCACAGAGAUCAGACUGAGAGCCGCAUUGAUGACAACAUUGCUGAUGAGAACAAGUGGGCUGGGCUCACUGAUAAAGAGAAUCCUUCUUUCCGUUAUGUCUACUAA